AUGACACACCAAGCGCAUGCUUACCACAUAGUUAAUCCUAGCCCAUGACCACUCACAGGAGCACUAUCAGCGCUCCUACUGACAUCUGGCACAAUUAUAUGAUUUCAUUUCAACUCCACACUUCUCCUAAUAAUCGGCCUAAUCUCAAUACUACUAACAAUAUACCAAUGAUGACGAGAUGUUGUUCGAGAAGGCACAUUUCAAGGUCAUCACACCCCUGUAGUACAAAAGGGGCUACGAUACGGUAUAAUCUUAUUUAUCAUCUCAGAAAUCUUCUUCUUCAUUGGAUUUUUCUGAGCCUUUUACCACUCAAGUCUAGCCCCUACCCCAGAAUUAGGAGGCUGCUGACCUCCUACAGGCAUCAAUCCCCUUAACCCCCUUGAAGUUCCACUUCUAAACACAUCCAUUCUCCUCGCAUCAGGAGUCUCAAUUACAUGAGCCCAUCACAGCCUAAUAGAGGGAAACCGAAAACAAAUAACCCAAGCACUACUAAUUACUAUCCUUCUAGGACUCUAUUUCACAAUCCUCCAAGCUUUAGAAUACUAUGAAUCACCCUUCACAAUCUCCGACGGGAUUUAUGGAUCAACUUUUUUCGUAGCCACAGGAUUCCACGGCCUCCACGUAAUCAUUGGCUCUACAUUCCUAAUUGUCUGCCUUCUCCGUCAACUUUUCUUUCACUUCACCUCAACACAUCAUUUCGGCUUCGAAGCAGCCGCCUGAUAUUGACACUUCGUAGAUGUAGUAUGACUAUUCCUAUAUGUAUCCAUCUACUGAUGAGGCUCAU